GCUAGCCCACGAAAGCACGGUUUCAGUUCAAAACCAUUCUCCACUGUAGCUCCUGUCCUCUCCCUCCGCUCCCUCUCUCUCUCGUCGUCUCCCCAUCUCCGGCUAGGGUUUGCCCUUCCCACCGCGUCCGGCGUCUACCUCGCCUCCGCCGCUGCGGGGACCAAGGAUGCCGCAAGAGCAAGGUGUGGAGGAGCCGCCGCCGCAGGCGGAAGGCGAGGCACAGCCGGCCGCCGAUGUCCCCAUGAGCGAGGCCGCGGCGGCGGAGGAUGAGGAGGAGGAACCCGUCAUGGGGGAGGGGGAGGGCGGUGCAGACGGGGCCGACGCCGCCGUUGGUUCCGUCAAGGCUUCAGUGAAGCCCGAAGCAGAGGGCGCGGAGGAGGGGGACAGGGAGGAGCUGAAUGGUGGCCCGACGGCGGAUUUGGUUGGCGAGGCUGUGAAACUGGAGAACGGGGAUGGGUCCGUGACGGUGGGUGGCUCGGCGGAUGAGGCUGGAGCUGGAGAUGGCGGUGAUGAUAAGGGUCUGGUUGGUCAGAAUCAGCCUGCUGUGAACCAGCUUGUGCUGGCGCCGGCUGAGGAGGAUCCGGCAUUGACCAAGAUCUCAAAUAAUUCCUUCAUGUUCGAUUACACCACUGGUGGUGAUGACUCGGGGACUGAGGAGGAGCAGGCUGCCUUCAUGAAGGAGCUCGAGCGUUUCCACAGGGAGAAAAUGUUGGAGUUCAAGCCCCCCAAGUUUUAUGGUGAAGGAUUGAAUUGCCUCAAAUUGUGGAGACAAGUUACUGGAUUGGGUGGCUAUGAUCAGGUGACAUCAUGCAAGCUGUGGCGUCAAGUGGGAGAGUCAUUCAAACCUCCAAAGACAUGCACAACUGUUUCAUGGACUUUCCGUAACUUCUAUGAGAAGGCACUCCUUGAAUAUGAGAAACACAAAAUCGAAACAGGAGAGUUUCAAGUAGCUUCAUCUGCUCUACCAGAUCGGAUUGGUUCUGAGAGCCAGGUGGGUGGAAGCAAUGUAUCUGGUUCUGGAAGAGCCAGAAGAGAAUCCGCAACUCGUGCAAUGCAAGGCUGGCAUUCUCAGCGCCUACUAGGCAAUGGUGAAAUCGCUGAUCCUGUAAUUAAGGAUAAAGGGCCUAUUGUCUUAAAGAAGGAUAAAACUCCAAAAAGCAGUGGUUCUGCCAAGAGGAAAAGGACACCAUCCCUGGAAGAUGACAGGGUGAUACCUUAUAAGUCCGAUAAGCUACAAAAUGACUCGAUGGUCAUUGACAUGGGCCCUCCUGCUGAUUGGGUGAAAAUAAAUGUUAGAAAAACUAAGGAUUGCUAUGAAGUCUAUGCGUUAGUUCCUGGCCUUCUGCGGGAAGAGGUACAUGUUCAGUCCGACCCCGCUGGUCGUUUGAUAGUUACUGGAGAGCCUGAGCAAUUGGAUAACCCAUGGGGUGUCACUCCAUUCAAGAAGGUCAUUAGUUUGCCUUCCCGCAUUGAUCCUCACCAAACCUCUGCUGUUGUCACCCUCCAUGGGCAGCUAUUUGUGCGUGCACCAUUUGAACAAUCAAAAUAAUGUUGAUGCCACAAUGAAGCACAAUAAUACAAGUUUGCCUUAUGGGUGGGAUUAUACUGUUGUGACAUGAGCUUAGAGUUCUCACCCUGACCGUCGUCAAAAACUAGUUCCUUGCUGAUCCUAAUGCUUCAACCAUGCUUGAUCUCUCCUGUAUCAAGUUAAACUCAUUAGUUGACAUAGUUCUGUGUGUAUUCGGCUGUGCCCAUUGGCUGUGAAUUGUAGCUAAAGCAAAGUUACUAAGCCUAGAGUUUAGGAUGUUAAUAGCCUGAUGCUCAACAUGUCCAUGGUUUCUUUUCAAUUUAACCGGCAUAAAGUGUACUGUUUGUAGCAAUGUAGUAUGUAGCUUGUUCCCAGUAUUUGAGCUCUGGAACAUGGAGUCAGGUAGAUUCAUUGUAUGUAACUGUUGCCGGUGCAUUGCUAAUUUGCUAUUCAACUUGUAUUGUCAAUCAGUCUGAAAUUCUAUGGCCUCCCCUUGUAAUUUGCCUCCGUAUGUAUAACUUUGUACCUCAGUACUAGUUGAAAGAGGACGAAUACUGAACACUGAA